AUAAAAUUAAAAGAAGAAGUGCGUGACGUCAGCUGAGCGCGGUCGGUGUCCGUAUGUCUCCCGCUGCUGCGUGUCUCGGUGUUCUGUGCGGGUUACCGGCGGCCGGUAAAUCCCGUCUGGCUCGGGAGCUGCGGGGUCGCACACAGACGCGCGGAUGGAGGACGCUGCUCGUGACGUAUGACGAACUGAUACCAGCGCGCGACUGGCAGGAGUCUGAAUGGAAGCAGCACAGGAAGACGGUUCUGAUGUGUCUGGAGAGAUUCCUUCAUCAGACUCUCUCCGAUCAGACUCACACGCUCUCCGAUCAGACUCAUACGCUCUCCUAUCAGACUCAGACUCAUACGCUCUCCGAUCAGACUCAGACUCCCACACUCUCUGAUCAGACUCAGACUCCCACACUCUCUAAUCAGACUCACACGCUCUCCGAUCAGACUCAUAAACUCUCCGAUCAGACUCACACGCUCUCUGAUCAGACUCAGACUCCCACACUCUCUGAUCAGACUCAGACUCCCACACACUCUAAUCAGACUCACACGCUCUCCGAUCAGACUCAGACUCCCACACUCUCUAAUCAGACUCACACGCUCUCCGAUCAGACUCAUAAACUCUCCGAUCAGACUCAAACGCUCUCCGAUCAGACUCAUAAACUCUCCGAUCAGACUCAAACUCCCACACUCUCUAAUCAGACUCACAUGCUCUCCGAUCAGACUCAUAAACUCUCCGAUCAGACUCACACGCUCUCCGAUCAGACUCAAACUCCCACACGCUCUAAUCAGACUCACACGCUCUCCGAUCAGACUCAUACUCAUUCACACACACACACACACACACUCACACACACACUCUCACACACACUCUCACGC